AGAUUUGGUGCCCUUUCUUUGUGUUCGGUCAGACAAAAAGGCUCCUGUUAAAUGCCUCAAUACAUCAAAGUUUACAUUAGUUUCUGACUCAGCAGGUGGUGAAUAUGAACGGAGGUUUAUGUUGCUGUGUUUGCUUUACUCCCAUACGGUAUUUGCUAUGUCCUUUAUGCUGGUUUUGCUGCUGUGCGCGUAAAUGGAAAGCUUUUACGCACCGCGUGUUCUCCUCAAAAGAGGUUUAAUUGUGUUUUCUGCUUGUCCCAAGCCUCGCCCGGUGCCUAAGUAGGCCUCCGGCGCUGGGGAUGUGAUGAGGAGAUGUAAUGGAUGCGGCAAUACCUCACCAGAUAAUAUACAACGGGGUGGGGAGAGCAAAGGCGUGCGUCCGAACGCUCACCGCCAACUACACAGGAGGGAGACUCAGACAUCAAUAAGAUCUCGCUCAUCAAUAAGAGAUUUAGAUGGAGUUUGGCUGCUUAAUUAAGUAGGUUACUUUGACUGUAUUGCGCUCCGUGAAUUCACAAGAUUUAAUCUGAUGAACCCCCCAUGGGUAACAUCUGAGGGAAGACUCUCCAGCAUCCUCUUCUUCGGGACAGCAGCGCCAAACACGGACACCCCAUUCAGGAGACGAGAUCAGUAGUAUUUUCUGUGAUGGCGAUUAACACGGAUGCAGUUUUUGAGAAGAGCGCCCUCGGCGACAGAGAAGUUUCUAACCCCACCAACUUCCAGGACACGGAAAAGCUGCUGAGCACCGGGACCACCGAGCCCAGCGGCCAGAGCAACCAACCAUCCGACUCCUUCUCCCUGAACGUCAGGGGGAGCGUCCGCUCCCUCAACGCGGACCAAACCGAACAGAGAUCGCCUCUAAGGUCCGGCUCCUUUGGGCAUCUGUCGACCCCACCCAGGUCCUCCUCCCGGAUCAGUCUGGGACAGCUGUCCGCGGUGCCCCCCGGACCCCAACCUCCCAGCUACCUCUGGCUUGCUGUGCUGUCCUGUUUCUGUCCCGCAGUUCCUCUCAAUGUAUGCGCCCUGUGGUACUCAAAUGUGUCCAAGUCUGUUCUCCAAACGGGAGAUGUUGAGGGAGCAAGGAAAUAUGGGCGUCUGUCCAUGCUGCUCAGCAUUCUGGCAAUCCUGCUGGGUGUGGCGGUAAUCAUCUUCAUAGCAUAUACAAUAGAGACGGCGAAUUGAACUUUGGGACGGAAUGGGACUCCUUUAACGUCAUCAAAUCUCAAAUUUGCACAGAAGAUGAAGGAGAAUUUACAAAAUCUCAUCUGUAAAGAAGAAAAAAAAGGGCAUCCAAAUUAUGUUUUAUUUUUCCUUUCAUGGACUAAAAGUGAAACGGUGGUUCUAAUCCUAUGCUCCUUAAUCCCAUAAUCUCUGGAGUCACAGAGGAGAAUUGCACUGUUUGAGAAGAAACUGUAAAAUGUCAUCAAUUUAGUGAUCUGAGGUGAGCACUGGCCUGACAGACACUCUAUAAGAGCACCUCUCUCACACACAAACAUCCAUUAAAUGGAAAUCCCCCCCUCCCCCCACAAAAAAACACCAAAAAGCCACACAAAAAAAUUUAAACUGGAUUUUUGGGCCACAGAAAGAUGUACAAGUCUGUUUCAUCCACAGUUUAAAGUAUAAAUGACAACAAGUCCCUUCUGCUCUCAUAUUGUUGUCUGCUGCUUUGUGCAUUCAUGAGAAUAUGCACCUGUUUCCCAUUUGGACUGGCGUUUGUGGGUCUCUUCAUUAUGUUUACAAUAUACUGCAAGUUAGAAAUUGGACCGUCUCUCCCACAUUGUAUGCACUGACCUCUGCACUCCAAUGUUUAUACGUUUGUACGGUAUGACUGGUUUACUGUGCCAUAGUUCUUCUGCAUGUGAAAUAAACUUGACUGAGCAUGACA